AUGGACUUCACCAACGCAAUUUAUACAGUGCAAGGAAGAUUCCACCGUAGCACAAAUGCAAACAAAUUAAAUGUCUAUCAAUUAACAGACGAUAAAAGUGCAAAUCCAAGAGAAUAUCUUGGCGAGUUCAUUCCAGUAGCCACUUCUGAUCCUCAUGCCACUACUACUUUUGUGCCUUUGAAGCCAACCCCUAUUUUCAAAAAGCGUGCUGUUCCUGAACCCACUACUACUGAACAGUCAGACCAACAGACUUCAUCAGGAGCAACUGACAACACAUCCGCCAAUACAAAUACAGACCAAGGGGAAGCAUCCACUACCACUACCACACGAUCUGGCAAUCAGACAAAUGGCUUUACCAGUAGAGCUGUUGCGGACGAUACAGCAUCUUCAAGCGACAAGACCACUAGUUCAACUAAUAGUAGCGCUUCUCAAUCAGAAUCCACAACAACGAAAGCAGCUGCGGGUAAUGAUACAACUACUUCCAAACAAACUGGUAACGACGCAACCGCUCAAGCAACUACAAGUGAAGGAACCACUAACCCACCCGAUAAUCCAACAAGCAAUACUACCGUCAAAAAGCAAAGUACAACUACUGCAGCCACUGACUCGACAUCUGAUCAAGCUCAAAAUAUUACCACUACUACUAUGACUACGACUGUUGCUCCUACUACAACUAAAGCAUCUGCUGUUACUACCGAAAAGCCAGAUGCGGUUGUUACGACUACAGUUGAUCCCACUACUGCUAUUACAACCACUACUGCUAUUACAGCCACUACUACUCAAGCUCCUGUGACUACUACUACUGCUACUACUACAGUACCACCUGUCAUAACAACAACUGUUGCACCUACCACAACCACUACUCAAGCUCCUAGCACGACUACUACUAUUGAACCUUCUACUACUUCAGAAGUGCCUAGCACUACCACCACUCCUAUUGCCAGCAGUAGUAGCAUUCCUAUCCCUUCAUCAAGCUCAAUCAUUCCUUUAUCAAGCUCAAUCAUUCCUUCAUCAAGCUCAAUCAUUCCUUCAUCUUCUUCUAUUUUCAGCAGUGCUGUACCCUCCAUUAGUUCUAUCCUUCCUUCCAGUAGUAUUAGUUCUGCUUUACCUAUCCUUCCCUCUAUGUCUGUUUCAUCUACACCGCCUAAUAUGCCUUCUUCCUCUUCUUCUUUGUCUUCUGCUAUUCCAUCUGCCACAAAUGCUUCUGCAGUGAGCAGUGCAGACAGUUCUGGUUCAGGCUCCAAUAAAGGUGCUAUUGUCGGUGGUGUUGUUGGUGCCAUUGUUGGUGUUGCAGCUCUAGGUGCCUUGUUCUUCUUCUUGUUUAGACGUACAAAGAAACCCAAUAGCAACAUGUUGGGCAGUACAGAUGAAAUGUAUGAAUAUAAUAACGGACCUCAAACAAAUUACAAUGAAACAGGAGCAGCAGCAACAACGGCAGGCGCUGGUGGCAGAGCCUUUGUGCCUCCUGCUCAUAGCACUGUGCCUUACAGCGAUGAUUUUGUAGCUACCAAUAACCAUGCUCCUGCACCAGACGAUGCUUAUUACUAUGCACCUGCUACAGCUAUGGGUGCUGCUGGUGCCUAUGGUCAACAAUCUGAUGCUGAUUAUUAUGCCAAUAACAGUGGUAAUUACUACAAUGCUACGAAUUACCAUGAUGGUGGCUAUAAUGAUGGUAACUACCAUGAUGGUAACUACCAUGAUGGUGGUUACCAUGAUGAAAUGGCCAGCCAACCCUAUAGCGACCAUGGAUAUUAUAAUAACCCUACUGGUGCUGCUGCUGCUGCUGGCAUGUACGAUGCUAGUCAAAUGCACAACACAAGUAACCAAGCAUAUAUGCAUCCUGCCACGGAUUAUCAACAUGGCUUCAGCAAACCUGAUACUAAAGAAUAA